AUGGGUGAAUACCUUACUGAAGAGCAACAACAAACACUGUGGCGAACAGAAUUCAUCGCCUUAGCUGGAGACGAACAUGGUUUUAUAUGUGGUGAUCAAAUGGUCCGAAUUUCAAAGAAAGUUGGCCUGUUUUCUUCAACUGCCCAGGUUAUUAUGGCACGGUCGGUUCCGACCGGUUCCAGUCAUUUCCCGGCUGUUUCCUGCAAACUUCGAUCUGGAAACGGUCAGGAACUGAUCGGAUAUUUCCUAUGCAAUUCCGGCCGGAAUCCGGCGGCAAGGAACCUGCCGGAGCUUGCUGUAAUCGGCGAAAACUGUGUCGGAAUCGAGAAGAGCUGUACCGGAACCGACUCAGAUUUCAACGGAUCCAGUCGCCGGAAUGAUCGACCUGGGGGUGUGUAUGAAAUAUUUGAUGGAUCAAUGUGUCUCGGCCUCGAAUACUUUUGUUCGUAUCUAACGACACUAAGAGAAGAGAAGCGUGACGAAAAGCGAUAUGGUCAAUUAGCGCAGCACUAA